GGAACCAACCCGGAGGCAUGUUGCUUUAAAAAUUGCCGCCGUAUAGGAUUAUUGGAUACCACUGUCUCCUUUCCUUUCGCAAAGGUUUCUCAAGAGUAAACUAUGCUAAAGCAGGGUUAAAGGAAGCAUCGACGCUCUUCCUAUUAGCAUUUUUAGAAUUCGAAACACAUUUCCUCCAACCACUUCCGGUUCAUCUCCAUAGAUAAGGACAUUUCUUAUGCAAGAAAGAGAAUUCGUAGAGGUCCCGCGGAUAUUCAAAACAAUGGCCGAGGGGUCGAUUAUACAACUUUCUAAAGGAGAUUUAGAAGCUGGCACUAAAACACACAGCGUUACAACUAGAAGCAAAGAUUACUGGUGCUCGUUGUUAGAAAAGGAGAGCAGUUUGGUGAGCGAGUCGAAUAUGAAUGGCGGAGUUCCAAUCGUUGAAACCUGCACCGACUCACACACAACACCGAGCCGAGCUUCAGAAAGUGAAGGACCGCACUCCUUAACUCAUAGGGACAUACACGGAGGCUUGGAAAAGACUACGAGGGCAAGCCAAGUAGACGCUGCCCUGUCGGUGGACACACUGGAUCCACAAACGCAUAAUGUGAACGACAAGGAAAACAACUUGGUGUCUACCAGACUCAACGAGUCGGAUGAUGCUAUAGAUGAGGAUGUAUCUUGUCAUGUAAGUAAAGCUGACAACAAAGGGCUAAGUGACGCUGAGAUCGUGAGAAGAGCGCACGAAGAAGGCCGGAUAGAGGUAGUUCUGCCUGGCAGUGUGACUCAGGAGGGCUGCUGUCGUUUCGUCAGUGAAAUCCUCAAGUGCAUCCUCUACCAGAGACAGCAGUUGCCCAUGACCUAUGACCAACUUGUGUUUACUCAGAAGAAAACAAACGCUCCAAUUCAUAAAAAGGAGGUGGUGAACUCGAGGCCAACAGACUUUAACAGGCGAAAGUGUCAACGCACAGUCGAGGAUCUUGAGGUGCUGUUGGAGCACUUGGAGCUGUUGUUCUCCCUCAGCCUGGUUCCCCGGGUUCUGCUUCUAUUGGGCGGUUCCCCUGUCUUGCCCCAAGAGCUGUACGAGGUCAACAUGGAAGGACUGGUGCUGGCCGCUGGAGAUGGGAGCCUGCGCGUCUCGUCCUGUUUGAGGCAGCUCUUUCGCACUAUUUUUGUUUCCGACCUUUUGUCCGAUGUCCGGCCAGUCCGCCUAACGGCGACGACGGUCCUGGUUCUGGCUCACAGGGAUUGUGAAGUGGGAUGGUUCCGGCCUAAAUUGGACUUUAAGGUGCCCACAAGGGUAAAGCGGCAGAUUAUUGCACUGUCAACCGACGCAGGUAUCUGUAGCAAUCCCCAGAAAGAGGAGUCCAACUGGGAUGACUAUGUAUGGUUUCAGGCCCCUGUCGCCAUCAAGGGAUUCAGCAAAUAAAGGGAUGAUUACAGAUUCCCUCUGGGAAUAGAAGUUUAUGAAUACAUUUUACCCGGAUUGGGGGUCAUUCCAACUUCAGAACCGUAUCAAUUGUAAAGAAUUAUGAAUUAUUAUUUUAACAAAAGAAAUGUGGUUGCCUUUUGCUUUGGCUGUGAUUUAAACUAGAGUGGAAGAUUGGCGUGUAUUUAACAUUGCUGGGUGCUAUCCAAACCUUGGUGCUAUUGCUUAUUUUAUAAUAUUGUAUCAAGUCUAUUUGGAUAUAUUCAUGAAAGACAAAUAAAAAGUUUCAUUCUAUAGGAAUUACAAUUAGGGCAUUUGGCAGACGGCUUUUAUCCAAAGCGACUUACGUUGGUUAAUAAACACAUUGACACACCGACGGCAGAGUCAACCAUGCAAGGCGACAGCCAGCUCGUCAGGAGCAGUUAGGGUAAGUGUCGAGCUCAGGGACACAUCGACACUCAGCGAGGAGCUGGGUAUUGAACUAGCAACCUUUCGGUUACAAGACAACUGCUCUACCUCCUGAGCUAAACUGAAUAGUCUCCUUCUGGUUCAGUAAAGGUAUAUGAUUAUAACUUUAGCUACCUUUUUCAGUAAAGGUAUAUGAUUAUACCUUUACUGUGUUGCGCCACUACUGCCGUAUUGGAGGACUCGUCUUAUUUUGUUACAAUUGCAAAAUGUUAUCUAUAACUUUUCCUGCGAGACUUGAGUAAGUAUAGAUUAUAUCAGUGAAAUAUGUUUCAAUGACAGUUGGCAAUGUUUUUCACUCUAAAACAUCUUCAUUCAGAUUGGAAAAGUUCUUAGACAUUUGGUCAGGGAUAUUUCGUCUGCUUAAUCUGUCCCUGUCAUAUUUGGAUAUGCUCUGCAUAGAAUACGUGGGAGUGACUAUCAUGACCUUUGAGAACUUAGUUCUCUUGUACUGCAUGUAGCAGGUGAUUGUUAAAUAACUAUCUACUGCAACAGAUCAAUAAGAAGCAAAUGUUGAAUUAUUAGACUUGGCCAUUUUUCUUUAAAAAACAGUUUGCCAGUAAUACAUUUCUUUAUGAAUCUGGGUUAGAGUCCUAGAAUAGAAAUUACCUAGAAUCCGGGUUGAGGUCCCAGAGAAAGGACCAAGUCCCUUUAGGUCGGGUUGGAGUCCCGACGUGGGUACCAGAGAGACUGUUGAUCUGAUCUUAAAUACAUUAAGCUUUCUAUUUUACUCAUUUCUUUGCCUAUAUUUCUUUUGCUCAUCUAUUUUAUUUUAUUGUAUGACAGUGUUAAUAUGUGAAGCACUUGAAAAAUGCUAUAUAAAUAAAGUUGCCUUGCCUAUGAAAAAUAAAUAGGA